UCUUUUGGUGUUAAUUGUAACACAUCUGUGACAAAUCUAUUCCAUAGACACCACGCGCGUUCUCGCUGGGCUUUGGUCUUUUUACAAAGCGAACGCUCAUGUAUUGUUACCGUAAAUUCGUCGACGUCGGCAAAUGCUCUUCUUUUCCGUUCUUCGACGUCGCGUUCAGUCGGCGGUAUCGGCGGUUUUUGUAGCUCCAUCCCUUCCGUAUUGCAUAUGGAUGGAGUGUGAUCGGCACCGUGAGACUCAAACAAUACCCUCUCAAGCUGCAAUAGCUAACGAGCUCAGUAUGUUUAGGAGGAGAAAUUCAUUAGAAAACUCGGAAGGAGGGUUUCAUAUGAAAAACCAACGCAACCCUCGCAACGUAGGGGCCGUAAUUCAUGCGGUAGAAUCAACUGGGAAGAAUGGAUAUACAGUGAAUGCAAUGAGAAUGGGACAAAAGUGUGCUUGUUUGGUUCGGUCGGGAAUCUGAGGGUAGAGACGCAAUAUAUAUCUUGAGGCCCUUCUAACUCGCCUGAAGUGAUAUACGUACGGAGAAGAGUGUUUACCAAAGCCAACCACACCUCCCAAAAGCCAACCACAC